AUGUCUUUCUGGCUCAAGUUGGGUAUCAGGUCAGUCAUGACUUGGUCCUCCGUGCCUGUCGCUCCUUUUUAUGAGCCCGAGGGCCCCCCCCAGUCCCUUCCAUUAUUGACGUAUCACACAGAAAUGUUUUGUCCAAUGACAUCAUUCGUCUUGGUAUCUUGGCAAGAAGAGAUGGCAUUCUUCCCUCCUAAACUCAAAUUCACGGAGCGUACGCCUACUCCUUUGCAUGUGUUUACUAUCGCGUCAUCUCACACAGCUACACCCAUCCCUUCUGGCCUGCCUGCCCUCAAAGUCGCUAAGGCUGUCUCAUUUUCUGCAGAUCAGAUCACGCAGAUCAGCCAGCCAGUGCAGAUGUCAACGGGUUCUUCCUUGUCAUCCAUAGAUUCCCAUGAAUUCAAAAUCCCCAAACCAGACAGUGAGGCUGGGCGUCCUAGCUGUGGUGGAUACAACUUGGAAAAGGCACUCAAGUGGGAUGCCGACCACUUCAAGGCGUUCAAGGAGUAUGUUCAUGGUUCGAUCCAGACACAUUGUGACACUAGCAAGAGCAAGGCAUCUCAAACUCCUACCAUGAUAACUGCAGUUCAGAUAGAGAACUCAAUGACUAUGACGGCUGUUGGCCAAUUGGAGAUAUAA